AUGACCAAAAGACGAACGAAAAAUGCAAAACCAACUGGUUUUAACAAAUCCUUGGGUAAUGCGCUACAGAAUCGUGCAGAGAAUCGUUUCACGGCAAGCUCCAGCUCUGGACCAGCUGUAAAUGAGGUAAGUUCAAUUUUUUAUUAUUUAAAUUUUACGAUUUAAAGUGAAUUUUUCAGAAUAAACCUACGAAAGUUUUGGCAUCUGUAACUCACGAAAAUGCGUACGAAGAGUUCUUCAACAACGCUGAAUUGGCAGGCAAAGAUUUUGGUGCUACCAGAUGGGAUUUUCAGCUUUUACAAACGUAAGUUAAUUAGAAAAUGAUUAUUUUUGGUUUAGUGGAACGUCCGUCGUCAAUGUACAAAGUUUACAAGACAAAACAUUUGAAGACUUGACAAAGAAGUUUGGGCAUCUGUUGAAGGUACCAAGAAGGCCAGAUCCAAACAGUUAUUCAACGCCAGAAGGAUUGGAAGCUCAAGAAAUGCGAAACUUCCUGGAAUGGAGAACAUCCUUGGCUCAACUUGCGGAGGUUAGUCUAUCUUUGUGUUUUUCGUUAGUCUGUUUUAUUUUUUAUAUUAGUUUUUCCUUAUCUUAUACGGUUUUAGGGUGAUGGUGUUGUUUUAACGCCGUUUGAGAGGAAUCUUGAACUCUGGAGACAACUUUGGCGUGUAGUCGAACGAAGUGAUGUUGUUGUACAAAUUGUGGAUGCCAGAAACCCAUUGUUGUUUAGAAACAAAGAUUUGGAAGCUUACAUGGGAGAGUUUUCUCCGCCAAAGAAGUGCUUGUUGUUGGUGAACAAAGCAGAUCUUUUGACGAAUGAGCAGAUUGCCAUGUGGAAAGAUUACUUCAGAAGUGUAAAUAUUCAAUCAGUGUUUUGGUCGGCUACAAAUGCAGAUGAUACGACAGAAGAAAAAAAAGCAGGCUCUUCUAAUGAACAUAUUGUUAGCAACACAACUGUAAGGGCUUUUAUCUCGUUUUUUCUUAUUUUUUUACUUAUGAGGUUAUUUAGGAUCUAAUCAGCACACUGAAGGACUUUGCGUUCAGUUCAAAUCCUGGAAAAACGACGGUUACAGUUGGUAUGAUCGGCUAUCCUAACGUUGGCAAAAGCUCGACCAUUAACAAGAUUAUUGGAGCAAAGAAGACUUCUGUAUCAGCGACGCCAGGAAAGACGAAACACUUUCAAACACUUAUUGUUGACGAAGAAUUGACGUUAUGUGAUUGUCCUGGUCUUGUUAUGCCUUCUUUAGGAUUUUCUCCAGCUGAAAUGCUUUUGAAUGGUAAGUAGCUGCUUCUAGUUUUUUUAAAUUUAUUUUUAUAGCAAAAAUUAUGUUUGAAUAUUUAGGUAUUCUUCCUGUUGAUCAGAUGCGCGAUAGUGUUCCUCCUAUUCAACUUCUAUGCAAUCGUGUUCCUAAGGCUGCUUUGGAAAGCUUAUAUUCAAUAUUGUUACCUAAACCUGCGGACUUUGAAGAUUCUAAUCGACCACCAACUGCUCACGAGUUUCAAACGACGUUGGCGUUUAUGAAGGGAUUUAUGACAGAAGCUGGAGUACCGGAUGGAUCAAGGGUUGCAAGGAUAGUUGUCAAAGACGUGUUUAAUGGCAAGAUCAAGUGGACCGCGGCACCGCCUGGAGUUGAUCAACAGGAAUUUGACAGAUUUACAUACAGAGACAUUAAACCAGUUGAUAUAGGACAAAGUGGUGAAUUUUUAUUGAAUCAGGUAGGUUGUUUAGGCACAUGUGACAUUUUAGUACUACUUAGUUUUUAAAAUUUGUAAGCGUAACAUAUUAUGGUUUUGUAGCUCAGGAAAAGGAACUACUUGGUGACUGAUGACGUUUUGGGUAAUGCUGUUGACGACCGGUUUUUCAACAAAGAGUCAUCUGGGUUCCAUGUAAGGUCAGCAAAGGCUGGCAAUGAUGGUCAAGGCAAGAAACACUUUAAAGGAAAGAAGGACAAACUUCGACGAGUACAUGCUGAUCUUGAUGCUUAA